GGCGUGAACGUUGCGCCUGGCUUGCGAUGCGUUGUUGUACGAUGUCAUCUCUGAUGGACUUCGUGACAUCUGCACCUCCUUGUCACCCGUACCGAUCGAGGUGGUGGUUUGCCGGGAGGGGUUUUUUUUUUCAGAGAUUAAUAAUCGGGUCACUUCGCACGAGGUUUUUUUUUGUUUUUUAAAGAAACACACAAACGUCAGCAACUUCAUCCCCCCUCCCCCUUCGAAAAAUCGUUCUAGCCAUCUGCUGCUGCUGUUGCCCCGUGUGGAUUUCCCAUUGACUCCGCUCGUCGCCGUUAAGUAUGAGCAAGGGUGGCCAUAGCCAGGCCUCGCCCGCAGGAGAUGAGAAUUUACCCGACGGAGAGACGGACCACAUCACGAACGCCGAUGGCCUUUCCAUCUACUGCCGCUACUGGAGGCCAACCCAAGGCAAGCCCAGGGGGCUGGUGCACGUGAUUCACGGAGCUGGCGAGCACUGCCGCCGCUACGACGAGAUCGCGUCUCGUCUCUCCGCGCUCGGCUAUUUCGCCUUCGCCCACGACCACGUGGGGCACGGGCAGAGCGAGGGGCCGCGGAUGCAGGUGUCCGACUUCCAGGUGUUUGUGCGAGACACCCUGCAGCAUUUCGAUCUGAUCUGCAAGCGCUACCCGGAUGUGCCCAUCUUCCUGCUCGGACACUCCAUGGGUGGUGCCAUCUCUAUCCUGGCGGCGAGCGAGAGGUCGGACAAGGUGGCUGGGGUGGUGCUCAUCGGCCCUCUCAUCGAAGGCAACCCGGACGUCGUCUCCCCGUUCAAGAUCUUUCUGAUGAAGAUCUUCAAGUACCUGCUGCCCAGCCUCACUUUGGCCUCCAUCGAAGCCGCCUCGGUGACGCGCAACAAGGCGGAGGUGGAGCUCUUCGAGUCGGACCCGCUGGUGUACCACGCCGGGCUGUCCGUGCGCUUCCUCUCCACGCUCAUGGACGCGGUGGCGCGCGUCGAGGCGCUGCUACCGGAUGUGACGUGGCCGUUCCUGCUGGUGCACGGCGACCAGGACCAGCUGUGCUUCGUGGGCGGCUCCAGGUCCUUUCACGAGCGCGCUCGCAGCGCCGACAAGACGCUGCACAUCUACGAGGGCGCGUACCACGCGCUGCACAAGGAGAUCCCGGAGUGCGCCGCCACCGUCUUGGAGGAGAUUGAGGCUUGGAUCGUGGCACGGACGCCCGCUUAGCCUCGCGCUCAGCGGGAACAACACAACGCCGAGAGGAGAGAACGGAUGGAGCGAAGCACCAGGAUUUGGAUUGCGUUUCGGGAUAGUGCUAGGGGUAGGACUGGUGGUUAGAGUAAUGUUAGGAUCUGAUCCAACCAUGGAUGUUUGUAGAAUGCCUUCUGCUUACCGCCAUGUAGUCCCAGAGUCUCCAGUAACCUAUUCUGCAUGAAGGCCAUCUAUCCAAGCACUAUCCAGGCUCCAGCCUACUUAGCCUUUGGGAUAUGACGAUAUCGGAUGCUUUCCCAUUGAUCAGGUCAUGUGGUUAAGGGGUUGUGUCCGAUUGUGUUCGGCUCGUGUCAAAUAUCUUUGAAUAGAGUGCCUGUCCCCAUAUUGCCAAGGAUGACAUCUUCACCUUUGAUGCCCUUUUCAUUGUCGGCGUUGACAGUGACAGUCACGUUUGGAGAGAAUACUCGUUUGAGUUUCCUUCCAGUUAGUAAAGCCUUGCGCAGAAUUCGCACUCAGUGGGUAACGGGUCUCGGGUGUCAUUGGUCAGCAUAUAAAAAAAAUGAAUAAACACACAAGUGCCACACACUCCUGCCAGUGUUGAACUUGGCAGUUUCGUGUCCAAGCAGCGUAGAAGCAGUGCCAGUGGACGUAGUCACAGGGCACGAGAAAAAAUAGCUUGGGCAAUACUUCGUGGAAUGUAACUGUGUUAACUUCUGCAAUUGCAUUAUUAUCACAGCACGUACAAGGAUUUCCGAAAGCGUCAUCAAUUCAACAUUUAUUGAGAUUUCCCCCGAUUACUUUGGAUGUGCUCGUGUAAACAUUCACAUAGUGGGAAAUAUUCAUGAAAGGACCAGAUUGUGAAAUAUGCAAUUCUACAUUUUGUACAGAGCAGAGGUUUAGUGCAUUACUUCUUACAGACAGGCAUGGCAUCUUGAGCCACUUUUCCAGGUCUUGGCAUCACCACCUCCGGUACACACACAGCAGCUGAGUUUAAUGAUCACUCUCAAUCUCCCGGUGAUGGUUUUUCUGGCUUUAAUCGAUGCUUGCAAAUAAUAUUCUUUAGCUUACCAGGAUAGAAAGGCACUGCUUUUUUGACCUGGGUGUGUGUAGUUGAUUGAACAAGCAAUUAACUUUAUUAACAAUCAUAUUUUAUCAUUCAUAAUUUCCAUUGCAUUUUAAUCCAUGUAACUUUGGUCUCUGCAUUUCAUUCAAAACCAGAUCCGUGUAAGUAAGCUCAAUGUUGCUGUUGGUGAAGCAAUUUAGGGUUUUACCCAUGAUACAGCAGCAUUAUGUCACGACUCAAUAGGAACGCAACACUAUCUGAAAGUUAUAGGGUUUAAAUUUACAGCAACCACGAGAUUUUAUAUUUUUUGUAGAGCUAAAUGGCACGGUAUGUUGGUGUUAUUUGUCGAUUCGGUCGCUUUGAAGUUCCGUUUGUGAUGUACUUUCUCAGUAAUUGGCGAUGCACAGUCACUGAUGAGCUCCAUUCAUCUUCGUUCACCUGUUACUCAUAGCCAAGUUGGGGCACGCCAUCCUUGCAUUUAAUAAGCAAGACAUUUCAAAUACGUUGAAGUCCUCUAUUUACGUUGGGGACUCAUCCCUGGAAAACGCGACACGAGGCGAAACAACGUGUAUCAAAACCUAUUUAACCUUGACUUAAUUAUAUACUUUUAGGAUACGUUCCUGGGGUUACAUUUUUUAGUCGGCAUUGGCAGAAACAAAUAUUAAAUAAGUAUCAGAAAAGAUAACAAGACUCUGAAGAAAGAUGUUUGUAAAAUGUGUAUUUUACAAUUUUUCUUUCGUAUGGCUGCUGAUGUAGAUGCAGACCAACAACGACAAUUACACAUUCAGGUGGUCAAAGCAGAUAACCAAGUCAGGAGCAGCGGAGUGUAUCAUCAUCGCCGUGAUGGCUCCUCCGGAUUUGUGGAUCGGGCCAUUGCGUCGUUAUUCGUUGUAGGGUGCGUUCUGGAUGACCACAGUCGCACACCACUAGAGACUUUUACAUUUUCUAUUUGUGCAUCAGGUGUCUGCAUCUGCCAUGGUUUGUGCAGUGGAUGAGAUUUCGGGUAGACCAUGAGCUUCGUGGAAGAUCAAACCCAGGGAUAUUCUGCGUUGGGUCUUUGACAAUUAAAAAAAACUUUCACAAUG